UACAACGUGUGGUUUUGUUGUUUAUGAUAGAUUUUAUUAGGUUUUGUUCAAGUAGUGUGUUAUAGGAUUUGGAUUGAUAAUAUUUAAGGGAAAUGGCGGAAGAAGACGAUUCGUUUCCUCCCGAAACGCAGAAAACUCCAAAGGAAUUCCAGUUUCGUGAGUUUGGCCAAAUAUCAUUUGGUGCGACUGCUACAGAAGACUUUAUCUGCCCCAAAUCUCGGACAUCGCUUGUAGCUGUUGCAAACCAAUAUGGGCUGCUGUUCACUGGCUCUACUGAUGGGUUUAAGGUUCUCUCAGUCUCAAGUUUGGUAACUGCCGCAAAAGAUGAGCAAACCACAACAGAACCCCUCGUGUCUGUUGCCCUGCGCGCACCGCCAAGCUGGAUCGCUGUCAGUUCCGAUAACUUGACCCUUGCUGUAUGCAGUAGCAGUGACAAGGGACUUCAAAUAUUAUUCUUUGACGUCAGGAAUCUUAUGAACAAGAACAAACCGACCAAGACGCCAUUCUCAAUGUUUAUGUUGAGCAAAUCUGUGGAACAUUCAGUUGUCGAUCUGCAGUGGAACCCGGGAUCAGAAAUGGUGGGACAUAUCACAAUUUGUGUUUCAAACGGUUCGUUUCAUGUUCUGUCAGUUAAAGACACUGUUGCCGAAGUUGCCAAAAAAUCUGAAGAUUUCAACGCAUUGUCAGUAUGUUGGAGUCCAAAAGGCAAACAAAUGAUGAUUGGGAAGAAAGAUGGUUCUAUACAACAGUUUACACCGACGAUGGAAAUACGACGUGUGGUUCCUCCUUGCCCCUUCAUUGAUCGGAAAGUAAAAGCAUCGAACGUAACGUGGCUCUCGACGCUCCAAGUGGCCGUUACGUACACUGUUGCCCCCGACAACAAUGAGGAUGAAACAGCUCUACCUAGUGGUGGACCUACAGUGUUCGUUGCCACACUGCCGCAUUCUAAGGAACAAAACAAAACUAUAUCGUGGAGGAAUUAUGAGGAUCCUUGUUAUAGCGAAGGUCCCAGACCGACCCAAUACGUCACGUUAUUCAUGGACAAAUGGGAGUUGAUGUUGUUGUGUUCAACUAAUGCUGCCGAAGCUGCUGUUAUUGGGAAAGAUAAAGCUAAGGGAAUGUGGGAGAUUUGGGAUUUGGAUGAUUCAUGUCGAGCUCAACUUCAAAUGGUUUCGCAGGAUAUUGAACCUUCCCCACUAGGAGGGGCUAUAAUCACUACCAUGAAAGAUCGGUUGAUAAUCGAUGAUUCGCAAGAUUGCGAACCGAUGCCGGUUCUCUGCCUUCUGUCAAACUCGCUCCAACUUUCGUUGUUUCAUAUCAUUAAUCUACAAGGGGGUUACCCUAACUUGAUAACAGAAGCCAAGGAAUUAACACUGGAUGGAGAAAGAACAUUGGUGCCUACAGUUGGACAAGCAGAAUCCACCUCCACCACGGCCACACUUGGUGGGAAACCCAAACUAUCAAGCAAACCAUCAUUGUUGGUGACUACAAGCACCCCGAGGUCAGGGUUGCAACCAAGGCCUAUCAAUGCUAAUGAAUCUUUGAUGGUUUCACCACUACAACCACGUAUUGACAACCAACCAAAGAAAGAAGCUCCUUUGUCACAAAAAGCUCUCAUUUCAUCCUUCACUAACUUAGCUCCAAAGGCAACAACACCGCCUGUUGGAAAAUCUCCAAGUGUUGUAGAGUCAAAGCAAGAAACUAGGGGUUUGAAAAUUUUAUCUCGGACCGACAGUUUGAACGUUGGAAAGGGAAUUCCCCAACCUGAGAAGUCAGUGCCUCCCGUUGAAUCACUGAAGCAUAACGUUAAACCUGCGUUCACUGGUGCGACUAAUAUCAAAGGUAUAUCAUCAACAAUCAAUCCAGCUGAAGUUGGUUUAAAAAGAACCCCCGUGUUGAACAAAGCAAGAGAAACACCAUUAACAGAGCGAAUGAGUUCGUACUCCGGCCCCGAAGGCGACUCCUUAGCUGACAGUUUGUUUAACGAGGUGAAUGAUUUCGAAAACGAAAUGAAAAACUUUUUCUCUGAUUUUAAAAUGACGGAUUCUGAGAUUUCAUCACUUGGUGGUGCUGAAGAGAAGAUCGCUCUAAAACAGGGAAUUGAAUCUUUGUCAUUAUUCCGCAACGAGAUUGCGAAAACCACAUUAGAACAACAUGAAGAAAUAAAUGCAACGAGAACAUUAUGCGUUGAAUCCUACGCUGCGUUACAACACGCACAAACUCGUGACCAAAGAGCUAAAAAUCCGUCGUACAGAGACGCACUUGUGUCGAGACCACUGGAUUUAUCGGACCAAAGGAAAAUGAAGGAGAUCCGUUUCUUGCAUCAGUAUGUCCGGGAUGCAAUCCUUGAAGUGGAUGUUGCUCUUAAUGAUCAAUGGAGGAAAUCCCGUGAGAAAUCUUCGUCAUCUGCCAAGAAGACAGAGAGGAGAAUAGAAAUGGAUGAACGAAACUCCAUCAUGAAAGCAAUCACGAACCAAACAACAAUCUUACACCAGCAAGAAUUACAAAUCACAUUGUUGGGUCAACAAAUGGAUAAUCUAAGAUUGUUAAACACGGUGUGUACGAAUUAUUCACCGAUGGGUAAAACGAGAAGCACAACCGCUGGCGAUGGUGAUUUACCCACCAUGGCAAACUCGUUGAUCCGUAACCAAGAUUCCCCGGGUGGUGACCCCAAUUUGACCCCAAUUGCCCCCAAAAUAUCACCCAAGAAAAUGAGCCAACUCAGUCAUUUGUUGUCAUCGAGGAAAACGACUCCAGUUCGAUCUAUGCUAGCAGCAAACAAGUCUCGUAUUAUUGCCCCAACAAUGCCAUCAAUGAAACAACAACGUCCAUCAAUCAGCACACGAACAAUUUCAACUGAAAGUAAAUCAACAGAAUGUACAACAGAGACAUCGACUGAUUAUUCAGAAUCCAGCUCUCCUGUGCCCUCUGAUGGUGGUGCAAUGCCUUUGUGGGGUAUCAAAGCUGCUGGUAAAACCUUCACUCAACCACUCAAAGUAGCAACAAAACAACCAAUACAACCAUAUUUGCAACCAGUAGAACAACCAUCCCAUACACCACAAACCAACCAACCACUCUUCCAACCAUUUGCUGCAACUACAGGAAACAAAGCUUUUCAAACGAACCAAUCAGAACCCGCUACCUUUGAACCAUUACUUCAAGGUCAGUCAACCUUGACGUAUGGUGCGCCAUCCGGUGUUGGAAGCACGAGCGAGACACGACGAACAGAGAUCCCGAUUCACCACAAGGAGGCAGCAUCUAACCUCAACAACCCACCAAUGGUUGUUAACAUCAAGGAGCUGAAGGAACCGACUGAAUCUUUGAUUCCAAAGUUUGAAGCAAAGUUUGAAGCAAAGACGGAUGUACCACCGGGUGCUGCUGCUGAGGUGCAGAAAGUUUUGAACACCGUCCUCGCUGAAACGCAACAACAACAAUCUGUUUCAUCUAUGCUGAUGAAACCAACACCAAGCAAUAACGCCCCAGCUCCAGUGGACAACCCCCCACCAACUACUAGUAAACCAGUGUUUCCAAAUCUAACAUCAAAACCUGGAUUCUCAUUGUCAACUUCACCUAAGAUGGGAUCAACAGGUAACUUGUUUUCACAACCUUCCAUUUUGAAGUCGGGAAGUUUAUCUGAUGUGACUUCGAUGCAGAAACAAUCACCAUUGGCAGAACUGUUAAAACCCAGUGUUGACCAAUCAAAUAAAACUUCACAAUCGGCAACACUGCAAACUGGCAACACUGGAUCAAACAAACAGUCAUUUGUGAUUUCACCAUUUGGCAAUUCAUCGGCAAAACCAAACUUUGGAUUUUCAUUCGCUCCAAAAACUUCUGAAGUUUCGAUCAAAACAAACCACGCGAAGAGUAGUUCAUUGUCCACAGAUUUGGCAUCUGGUGAAAAAUCCUCCUCAGUAAUGAGGUCAUCAAGUGCCAGUGCCGGGUUGUUUGGCUCCCAUGGCAUGGCUUCUAAUACCACAACAGGUGGCAUGGCUUCUAACACCGUGACAGGUGCCGUGACAAGCGCAGUGUCAAGCAAGUCGGCUUCCACGGAAUCGGUGUCAAGCGAACCGGGCGCGUUGUUGUUCGGAGGGCCUAACGUUGCGUCAGUAGAAGGCGGUAGUAAGCCCCGUCAUCGCUUGUUACCACAACCACACGAGGUUGCUAGCAAGCCAACUCAAGAUGCCACCCCAACACCACCACCACCAGAUGUCAGUAGCAAGUCAACACCAGAUGUCGCUAACACCCCUCCACCGGACACCCCCGCUACCCAACCCACCACCCCCCCUAUACAUGAUAAACCAGCAACACUCGUGACCACAACUGCCCCCCAACCAACACAAGAAGAUACAAACGCACCCGAAACAUCAACUAAAACAGGAUUUUCAUUCUCGAUCCCAAGCACAACCACUAUUGCUCCGACCUCAUCAGUUGGGUUCGGAGCAGCAACCACAACUUCAUCAUUUUCAUCUCCGUUUCCGGGACUUUUCAGCUCCAAUAAAGAUGCAAAAAGUAAGUUUGUUUUACAUACCUCACCCAUAUAUAAUACAAUGUAUUACUGA